AUGUCUGCUAAAGAUUCGGGCCGGAUUUCCCGCACCCUAGGACGUUUAUUUGGAACUACCGAGAAGUCGUCAUCUUCAAACCAUCCCUCGCAUAACAAACCAGAUGCCACCGGAAGGCUACCGGAAGGGAAAGGAUGGGGCCCCCCUGCCACAGGACCAUACCACUGCGACUUCUGGCUUGAAGAUAAAAGAGACAAACAUGUAAAGCUGGACGAGCCGUUCUCUCUGACUGUCAAGCGGGGAAUAUAUCGCCAGCGCUACAAAAGCAAACCGGUCAAAAUCGAGGCGACCAAAGUGGAAAAGCAUGGUCGGUAUCCCGCCGAAAGACACUAUAUCAACGACCCAGGCGCUUUUCUGCAAGGAGAGAAAGUGCGGUAUUGGGACCGAGAGCAGCUCAGCUUAACAUUUGAUAAUCUUCGACUAUCAGUGAAAGGCGAGUUUCUGAUCAAGGCGACCAUCUGGGAGACACAAGGGUCCAUAACUGGUCUCACUAAGUUAUACUUUAAAGUCUACGUGUCGUGAGCUUGGAAUAUUAGAGGAUGGAUUGAGAUUAAGGGGGGC